AUGCAGAAUCAUCCCAUGAAACCAGACCAUGGUGCGAAGCGCCGCAAGAAAGCAAAGACGGAGCGAAACAACAAGAGCAGUGGCUUUGACGAGGUUCUGCAGACUGAUAUCGACCAGCUUCUACGCAGGAAUCAGCCAGAGACCGAGGUCGCCGCCGAAUCUCCGGCUGAGACUCCCAAGCCUAUUCUCCCGGAGCUCUUUACAGAGAUUGAAGUGACCGUCGCCGAGCUGUCGUCUACUGGUGAUGGUCUUGCAUUGUCGGAAAAUGCAGACCAUGUCUAUGUCGUGCCGUUUACCGUUCCCGGAGACCGGGUCUUGGUGAAAGUCGUGCGACACUUCCCGUCCCUUUCCUACAGCGUCACGGACUUCAUUAAAGCCGUGACACCGGGUCCCAAGCGUAAUGAUGCCCUCAUUGGGUGUCAGUACUUUGGCAAAUGCUCCGGUUGUCAGCUCCAGAUGAUGUCGUACGAGGACCAGCUGGCCCAUAAGAAACGCAUUGUAGAAAAGGCCUAUGCCAAUUUCUCGGGCCUCAUCCCCGAACUCAUCCCCGCCAUUGGCGAUACUUUCCCCUCGCCGCUGCGGUAUGGCUAUCGGACGAAACUGACGCCGCAUUUCACAGCCCCUCCCGGGAAAUCCCGGCGACAGAAAGGCCCCAGGGAGCCUCACAAGGAGGUACCGCCCAUCGGAUUUACCUACAAGAACCGACGUCUGGACCUGGACAUCGAGGAUUGCCCGCUGGGGACGGACAUCGUUCGGAAAGGCCUCAGGAGUGAGAGGAAGAGGGUUGCGGAGAAUAUUGGGCGGUACACCAAAGGUGCGACGCUUCUGAUGCGCGAAUCUACCGCUCGAAUCCCCAAGGAUGCUCCAGACACCAACACCGAGUCGAGCGCAGGAGAAAAGGAAGCGGGAAGAGACUCCGGGGACGUGAUCCGCAUCGAACACGACCAGUAUAGCGAAGAGAAGCGCUGCGUGACCGAUCCCAACGCGACCUCGGUCGAGUACGUCGAUGACUACAUGUUCACCAACAAAGCCGGUGCCUUCUUCCAGAACAACAACUCCAUCCUGCCCGGCUUCACCGAAUACAUUAGACAGCAGGCUCUGCCCCCACACAAUCAAGAAGACGCCAAACCCCUCAAAUACCUCCUCGACGCCUACUCCGGUUCCGGCCUAUUCACCAUCACUCUCUCCACUCUAUUUAAAUCCAGCCUGGGCGUAGAUGUGGCAGGCGACUCGAUCACAUCCGCGCGCGAGAACGCGCGGGCCAACGCCCUCCCCAACACCGGUUUCGCUGCCGCGGACGCCUCCACGCUCUUCAAGGACGUCCCCUACCCGCCGGAUCAGACGCUCCUCGUCAUCGAUCCCCCUCGCAAAGGAUGCAGCGAGGACUUCCUACGCCAGCUGCUCACUUUUGGCCCUCGUCGUGUCGUCUACGUUAGCUGUAAUGUCCAUACGCAGGCGCGCGACGUCGCUGUCAUGGUCCAGGGUGAUUCGGAGAAGAAGAUUCGGUACGAGAUUGAGAGUAUCAGAGGGUUUGAUUUCUUCCCUCAAACGGGCCAUGUGGAAGGUGUCGCUAUCUUGAAUAGGGCGUCUAUAUCGGCGUAG